AUGUCUGAGCAGAAACCUAGUUUAGAUUCAGAUUUUUGGCGAAUUAUUAAAGAUCAAAAUAUUGAAGAUGAAGAAAUGUUACCAGUGCGGGUCGAAGAAAAACAAGAAUCAGGCGAAUCAACCAAUGACAAUGCACUUAUUGAUGAAGCAUUAGCAGCAGCAAAUUCUGUUUUACGUAAUGAAGGAGAUGAUGAAUUCCAAAAUGACGACUUCUUUCCAAUAAAUAAUCAAUCUGCUCCUUCAACACCAGUUCGUCCGUUGAAUAAUCCAGCCCAUAAUUGA